AUGGCAAUUGCUAUCAAAGGUUCAAUUCCUUUUCUUCCUAAGUUAUACAUUGAUUGUAUUAAUUAUAAUGUCAAAAAAAGGAAUUAUACGAAUCAAAUAGCAGAUUUGGAUCAGAGACUUAAUAAUUUGAUUGCAAGGCGAGAUGUUUUGAGACAGAGGCAGAAUUUUUUCGAAACAGGAAUCUUUGAAUUGGAAUUAGAAUCUAUUAAUUUUAAUAUAAGUACUUUACAAAGAGAACUAAGACUUGUUCAAGGAAAUAGAGAUUUAUUAGAUAGGAUCCCUGCAAGAUCUAUAACAGAAGCUCGAGAACAGGCAAGAUUAGUACAAGAGGCUAGGUUAAGAUUAAUGGGUCUCCAAAGACAAGCUGGAACUAGAAUAAGUCAAAGACAACUAGGUGGUACAAUACCCGAAAGUAAUGCUAGUGGUAGAAGAGUAUUAGGUGUAAUUUUUUUUCCUGGUUAUGAUCCUAGUCUUGAACGAGGUAAUAGUACUAGUAAUAAUCUAGGAAAUAAUACUUCUGCUAAUACUGGUGUGCCUGUGCCUAGUAAUCAGGCUUCUGCGAAUACUGGUGUGCCUGUGCCUAGUAAUCAGGCUUCAGCUAAUACUGUUGUACCUACUAGUAAUAAUCAGGGUAAUACGUCUGCUAAUAAUACUCAAAAUAGUUAUCCUGGAAUAAGUAACUACACAAUUUAUGAGGAUUAA